AUGGCCGAUAACAAUGACAAUACAAGGCCUCAUAUUCGUCCAGCUGAUUUAAUAAACAACAUUCUUAUGAGACUUCCCGUGAAGUCAUUGACUCGAUUCCAAUCGGUUUCUCAAGACUGGGGGAGACUUAUGAGAAAUCCUCAGUUUAUCUCAGCCCAUUUUAACCACUUUGAACAGUAUCAACGGAUUGUUCUCCAACGUGUUGCUAAACUCCCUGCUUUCUGUUCUUCCUCUUUCUCGUUGAUGAGGACAGACUUUGACGUUCGGAACUUUCAAUUCCGUGAAUUUGGAUUAAAUGAUGGGUUGGUGAUUGGCUCUAGUAACGGCUUGUUGUGCUUCCAGCAUGCGGAUAGGAUGAGUCUUACUCUUUGUAACCCAGCAACAAGAGCAGUCACACCGCUACCUAGGUUUGACAACCCGAAUUCCUAUAAUAGUGCAUUUGGGUUUGGGUUCAAUAAAGUUGGAAGUGAAUACAAGGUAGUGGGACUUGAAAUGGAUGGUAAGCUUUUGAUUCAUGGAGCCAGAGUGUAUUCGGCUGCAACGGAUGUUUGGAGUAACAUUGAUGUUACUAAUUUGCAAAAGCUGCACCUAUUGUCAGAUUAUGUGUGUGUUGAUGGAGCAGUAUUCUGGGAAGUCACUGCGGACCUCUCUGACUACAACAUGGACUCUUUGUUAUCAUUUGACAUUGGACAGGAGCUUUUCACUAAGUUAAAAGCUCCUUCACUAGCCUAUCAAGCCAUUGAUACCAAUGGCAGCGAUCUUACGGUACACAAUCAGCUUGCAGUCUACAACCAAAAGCUUGCUAUGUUUAAUUAUCAUGAGAUGGAAAACCUUAAAUCAAGUUCCAUUGACUUGUGGGUAUUAGAGAACACAGGUACAUUUUCAGGAGAUGAUGGGGAGAGGUGGGUUAGACAUUACAGUUUGGGACCAUUUUCAAAGAUGUUGGAACCUCUGAAUAUCUUGGAUGAAAAAAUUAUCUGCCGGGAACAACUGCCUACGGAAACUUUCUUUUACCUCCUCAAUCUCCAGAAUAAUGAACUUCAGCCAAUGCCAACUAACAGAGAGGAUUAUCAUGUCUCCCACACUUAUGCAGAAAGCCUUGUUGAAGUGCUCAAUAUACCGCAUUUACAGUAA